AUGAUGAAGCUGCACCAUAACAAUUCAACCAUUUCUGCAUAUUUCCCUCUGAGAAAACAAAAAUGGCAUACGAAAACAACAACUGGAACCAUUAUGGGUGGCGAAGGCCCUCUGAGGAGUACCCUAGGCAUCAGAAGGGUCAUGUGGCAUUCAGAGACAUCUAUGAAGACACUGUAGCUGAAGCAGAAGCCAAUAACUUUGAGCAAAGUUAUGAAACUACUGGGUUUAACCAUAAUCACAGAGCUUAUAAAAGCGUGGAUCAAGAAGCUGAUGCCUUUAUUCUGUAUGAGCACAAUAGGAUGGAAAUGGCUAGGCUCAUGUCAACAAGGGAUGCUUGAACUUCUGUUGCAUAUAUAAUAUAUAUAUAUAUAUAUAUAUAUAUAUAUAUAUAUAUAUAUAUACAUGUCAUAUAUACCUAUUUAUAUAUAUCUAUAGGGCCUUCAUGUGAUUUGAUAUAUGGUUAAUUUGGUGACCCUUAAAAUGGUUAAAAGAUUUUGGGGUGAUAUCAAAUUCACUAUCCAUAUCUACAACUGAAGUACUUAGGGACCUUGUUCUUUCUUUCUGUCUUUUGCUUCCUAAAUAAAUGCACCAAGGUCUUUAACUUU